AUUGUAAAUACUGAAUGUGAAGAGUACUUCCGAAUGAUUUUACACUGAGCACCACUGUACAAAAAAUGUUCGUGGAAAACAGCUGGACGCGUUUUUUGUUCAGUGCAAGUUUUGUGAUAUAAGCGAGAGUGAUUAAUUAAUUAAACCUCCAUAAAAGUAUUAAAAUGUGGCAAAGAGUGUGCUAAAGUGUUGAACAAAUAGCGAGUGUUUAAUACCCUCGCAUCCUGAUCGUAAAAAAAAGAAGCGCAAUCAUUUUUCCUUGUCAAUUUUCCUGCAAUUUCCACAUCAAUAUCGCCUUUUUUGCAGAAAGCAUUCAAUUAAAUUGGAAUGUGAGAAAAAGCAGUGCUUCUAGGAAAAUUACGGCGUGAUUUAUUUGUCGGAGAGGCUAAAACAAAAAGAGCUGUGUUGGAUUUUUACCAGAAAAAUUAAAUAUUCAGGAAGUUUCAGGAGAUGGAUCAAGGCGGACCAAAAGAAAUAUCUCCCGUGGACGGUGAGGAGAGUAAAGCUGUGAUUCCUUCAAGCAACAGUAUCAGUGUCCUUAAGAAGAAGAUGCCAAAAGUCGUUACGAUUCUGCCUGAGGAGGACGAGGAGAAGCAUGAGAUGGAGAAAAUGACGGAAUCCGCAAUGGAAAGUACGGAUUAUGAAUUAGUACCGCCUGAUGGUGGAUGGGGAUGGCUUGUACUGGCCGGCUCAAUGCUCGUUAAUAUCCUCAUUCCUGGUACAAUAAAAAGCUUUGGGGUACUCUUUGUGGAAUUUCUCGAAACAUUCAAUGCAUCUCCCGCAACAGCCGCAUGGAUUCCUGCCCUCUGCUACUUCCUCUACAGUUCUCUGGGACCCAUCUCGAGCAUUUUAUCUGUGAAAUAUUCAUUCCGUACUGUAACACUUUUGGGCGGAACAUUUGCAGCAGUAGGAAUGAUUCUCACAUUCUGGGCUUCAUCUGUCACAUAUUUAUACAUUAGUUAUGGAAUUUUGGUGGGAACGGGCGCCGGAUUGGCAUUCCCGCCCACCGUUUACAUCGUCACCUCUUACUUUGUUCGCCUGCGAGGACUUGCGAAUGGGCUAUGUAUCUCAGGGAGUGCCCUUGGCUCAAUUAUCCUUCCGCCCGUGCUGAGAUAUCUCCUGGAGACAUUUGGAUACAGGGGAGCGUGCCUUAUUAUGGGUGGUGUCACCCUCAAUGUCUGGGUUGCCGCAAUCUUUUAUCAACCCGUUGAGCAGCACAUGAAGCGUGUGCCGAAAGUGCGGACGGAACCAGAAGAUACGGCAAAUGCUGAAGAUGAUGAAGGCAUUGUGUUGGAUCUUACGGCAUCUCCGGAUGCCCUCGAUGGUCGAGGGAAGUUUGCCAUUGAGGAUUCAGGGACAAAAUCACCUCCAGAGUGCCAAACACCAACACUCGCGCAUGAAAAUGGAUUUGUACGUAGUGCCAGUGCGGUUGUUGUGAGGAAUUUCUCCAAAGGAAGUGGCAUGGAUGGCAUGGUGGAUCGUAAUCGGAAGAUAAGUGUUCCCGUCCGCGAUGGCUUCCGCAAUCAAACGUACGCCAACAAUUUGACGGAUUUGAGUUCCAAUCCGAGUUUGUAUGCUGUUCCGGAGUCACGGAUGUCUGGCACAAAGCUAAGUCAGCGUUUUAUGAAUAAUCGCGUAACAUCGGGUGGGCGCUUAGCCAAGAGAUCUCCCUCAACGAGUUCCUUUCAGUACGUUAGCACACCCUAUCACGGUAGUACGUUGUCCAUUCAUCCGGCGGAAUUUGCAUCGCAUGUCUCCAUAAAGUCCCUCAAUCCCGUUUCUUCGUGCUCAAGGAUUAAGAAGAAGGAACAUCGGGAUGAGAAGCCAAAGGAGGAGGGAAAGGGAAAGAUUGACAAGAAGAAAUUCUUUGAUUUAAGUCUCCUAUCAGAUCCAACAUAUCUCGUCAUUCUCAUUUCAAAUUCCACAAAUGCAAUUGGAUACACGAACUUUAUCAUCCUCCUGCCCGCCUAUGCCAUAGCCAUGGGAUUUGAUAAGAGCCUAGCGGCGUAUUUGCUCUCGAUUGUUUCAACGUUGGAUCUUGUGGGUAGAAUUGGGGGAUCUGCCCUGUCAGAUACGGAACUUAUCCCGAAGACGUGGUACUUUGUGGGAGGACUUGCAAUUUCAGGCAUCUCCCUGGCAAUUCUUCCACUGGCCACGACCUACUCCUUCAUCAGCAUCUGCUGUGCGUGCUUUGGACUCGCUUCUGGGGUCUACGUGGGCAUCACAGCGGUCAUAAUGGCAGACAUGCUGGGUGAGGAGCGUCUCACAUCCACCUACGGUAUCAGUCUCUUUGUCAAUGGGAUCCUCCAACUUGUGGGUCCACCCAUUUGUGGGCUGUGGAUUGAGCAUGCCAAAUCCUACGAGUCCCUCUUCACGACUCUCGGAUUUAUUCUCUUCAGUGGAGCCGCUCUCUGGGGAUUUAUGCCCAUGAUUAAACGCAACAAAGCUCGAACGGAACGGAAAGCAGCAGAAGCUGAAGGAACGGAAACGGAAAAGAGUUUACUUGCUUGAAUGCACAAUAAAUGAAAAAAAAAAAAAUUAAUAUUUAUAGGAAAAACAAAAUCCGAGAAUUAAGUAGAUGAUUUUUAUUAGAUAAAAAAGAAAUUUCAUAAUAAUCAAGAGACAAGAAGUUUUGUAGAAAAAUUAAAAGAAAAAAAUUUGUAUGUAAAAUUUUUAAAAAGAAGAAAGGUAUACCAGUAGGUUUUAAAUUGUAUUCUUUUAACAAACUAAUCUCUAAAUGAAAUUGUAUUACUCUAGGUUACUUACAAUUUACUCUAUCACUGAUUUUUUUCCCUUUAUGCGCACUCGCAUUGUAUUUUAGCCACCGAUUUAAGGAAAUGAGAGAAAAUCCAAAAAAUAUGUAUGUAGCUCUUGAGAUUUCUUAGGGUUUGAGCUAUAUAUUGAGGAUUAAAUUGGAUUUCUGUAUAUUUUUUAUAUAAUAUUAAUUCCAUUUUCAAUCACUUCUGAUGAAAGCAUGUAUAAUAUUUUUUUUGUGGUACUUAAGUGACAAUAUGUAUGAUGAUUAAAAAUUAAAAGAAAACUAUUUCUUUGCAAAAAAAA